GAUGAGAAGCGGAUAUCAAAGGUGCCGUGAUGAAAAUUACGCGCACUUCCGCUUUAAAAGCUGAGCUGUGUGUGUGGAAGGAGAGCGUCGCUGGGGCGAUGCCGAGCCACAGACCUGCUUCCAGUCCGCCGCCGCACAGUGCGCAGUGUAUGCGCAUGGUGGACUAGUUUAUCCGCGUUGUGUGCAAACAUAUGCGCGCUCCUGUGUGUCGAGGAUUUGGAUUCUAACUCCCAAUGUCUCUUAUGUGACAGCUGGCGGACGGAACUUUACGCAGGGAAACAGCAGGUGAGUCUACGAGGCUACACCUGAGGGAUAAUUCUCCUUGCUGAAUCUGAAAACAGUUUGUAUUCUUCUCCCAACUCCACUUGUUGAUGGGACACUAACAGGCUGUCUCAGCAGUUACAUCACCGGUGUUCUCUUUACGCGUAAUUUGGAUAUAAGCCCUACUCGACAGCAGAAAUGUGCAAAUGUUAACCUGUGAGGCUUUGGGGCGGAUGGUGGUGAUGUUUGGCGACCGGUAACAGCCCUCGACUGUAAUAUCGUAUUACACAGACUGCUAAUAGGUGAGCAGCGGCAUGGGGAACCAGAUGGACAGACUGUCACAUUUAAGUUACGCAGAAGUUCCUACGGUGGAUCCGAACGGCGUGGACACAGAGGACGGUCCACGGAUCGGCGUUUCUUACAUAUUUUCUAACGACGACGACGAGUUGGAGGAUGGCUGUGCGGUCGAUGGCACAGAGAAGGAUCCGAAUCAGGAAGAGAAACACUACGACCAGCGAGACGAGGUGGAGUGCGCCGUCUACUACAGAGAUGAAUGCAUUUACGAGAAGAGCGUCAAGUCUGCCAGCCUGGAGGUUUACUCCCCGGAGAAUCUACUGAACAAAUGCAAAGCAGGCGACUUAGUGGAGUUUGUGGCUACUGGGCAGUACCCGCACUGGGCUGUGUACGUGGGGGACUUCCAGGUGGUGCACCUGCACAGAGCCGAGGUGAAAAACAGCUUUCUGACGGAUGCAAGUCAAGGGAGGAGGUGUCGGAUCGUGAACGACUUUUACAAAUUCAAAGCUCUGGGUGCGGACAUGGUGGUGCAGAACGCGAUGGAGCAAGUGGGCUUAAAGGACCGAGAGCUAAGCUGGAGAAACUCCGAGUGCUUUGCAGCCUGGUGCAUGUACGGCAAGAGGGAGUUCAAAAUGGGUGGGGAGAUACGGAUUGGCAAGCAGCCCUACAGGUUGAAAAUAUUCGUGUCCGACAAGCAUUCGCACGUGUUGGAGUUUCAGAGUUUGGAGGACAUGAUCAUGGAGAAGCGGAGGAACGAUCACCUGGGCAGGACAGCCGUGUUGCGGGAGCUCGCCGCUCAUUUCAGCAGCGUGGAGGAGAUAAAAAGUGAGCCAGGCGCUGACUGAUGUCUGUACUUUUGAUGCUCCCUUAAUAAAUAAUUGCUUUGCAAAUAGAGUAGCCUUCACCAAACAUAACCUGUUACACCCCGCUUAUAGCAAACGCUCACUUCCUCAUUUUAGUUUUAAACGGAGCACGUGUGGCAUCAUUUCUGUUUUGAUUAUAGUCCAUGUUUUCACGCCAGUCUGUAACAAUGUUAUUGCCUUAAAGCCACAGUCCUCAACAUCCUCUGAUGCUUAAUGGCCUUAGCAAUUAUGAAUUCAAUCAUCUGAGAGAAAUUGAAUAGAUUGAGUUGGCUGAUAGGCUUGUUUGCAGCUCCAACAGCCCCUGUCAAAAGAAUGUAUAGUUUUAUACAAGCUUUACCAUCUGUCACGAUUCUGUAACUAGAGGGAAUGUUUCUCUAUUCAUAGUGUGUCCUGUUAUUUGAUCCUUGUGUGCUUUAACUUCAUCCCUCGGCUCACCCAGACAGCAAAGUGUCAGGGAUGCUCGCUGAAUACAAGGAGGAUUCUUUCUGCCUUUAAGGGUAAUUCUCACACCAGCACAUCUGAAGAAAAUGUUGUGGAGCUGGACUGUGUAACGGUGAUCAAAGUCUGUACCCAACAUAACUGUACCCAAAGGUCAAGUAAACCAUCCUUGUCUCUUUGAAA